AUGUAUGAAGCUAAUUACACUGAGAUAUCUGAAUUUGUGUUCCUGGGACUUUCUCCCUCUAGACCAAUGCAGCAUUUCCUCCUUAGUUUUUCUACAGUUUUUUAUGUAACAAUUUUUCUGGGAAACCUCCUUGUUGUGUCUACAGUGACUUUUGACUCUCAUUUGCAUUCUGCUAUGUACUUCCUGCUAGCCAACCUCUCAUUUAUUGACUUGUGUCUUUCUACUGUAACAGUUCCUAAGAUGAUUUCUGACCUAUAUUCUGGGAAAAAUACCAUAUCAUUCCAGGGGUGUGUCAUCCAGAUUUUUGCACUUCAUGUCCUGGGUGGAUCUGAAAUGGUGUUGCUCGUAGCCAUGGCCUGGGACUGAUAUGUAGCCAUAUGUAAGCCCCUUCACUACCUGACCAUCAUGAGUCCACAGAUGUGCAUUUGGCUUCUGGUUGGUGUUUGGAUUAUUGGUCUCAUUCACUCAGUGGCCCAGCUAGCUUUUGUUGCCCAUUUGCCUUUUUGUGGCCCUAAUGAGAUAGAUAGCUUUCACUGUGACCUACCUCGAUUCAUCAAACUUGCCUGCACAGACACCUACAGACUUGAGUUCAUGGUUACUGCUAACAGUGGAUUCAUUUCCAUGGGAACUGUCUUCUUACUGAUUUCCUCGUACAUCUUUAUCCUGGUCACUGUAUGGAAAAGCUCACCAAAUGGCUUGUCUAAAGCCCUCUCUACUCUGUCAGCUCACAUCACUGUGGUGGUUUUGUUCUUUGGACCAUGUAUUGUUAUCUAUGUGUGGCCAUUACCCACAGUUCCAGUGGAUAAGUUUCUUAGCACUUCAGACUUCUUGAUUACACCUAUCUUGAAUCCUACUAUUUACACAUUGAGGAAUAAGGCCAUGAAGACUGCAAUGAGAAGACUGAGUAGUCAAUUAUGGAAUUUGAGGAAAAUCACCUGA